GUCUGACCAACGACUCGGAUGACCUCCCGACGCCCAGCACCACGCCCACGCCGCCCACCUGCCCCAACGGCCUCACGCCCUUCACUGUGGGCGGUGUGGUGGUGGAGUGCGACGCCCACGCUCCGUGCCCCGCCGAUCACCAGUGCACGCCCCCGCCCACCGCCGGCGCGCCCUACACCUGCUGCCCCGUGCCCACCAUCAUCGGCCAGCAAGCCCGGCCAGUGCCCGUUCGUGGCGUCCGCGAGCGCCGAGCUGUGCGAGGGUCCGCGCUGCGCCUCCGACGACGAGUGCGGCUCCGUCACCAAGUGCUGCGUCGUCCCCGCCUGCGGCCCCAGGUGCGUCACGCCGCAGCCGCCGCAGAACCUCACCCUCGAGAGCGGACUUCUGCAGGACCCACGAUGUGCGAAUACCUCCGCGACUUGGUUGAGCUCGAGGGCGUGACCCUGGCCGUUCCCACGCCCACCUGCGACGAGAACGGCGCCUACGAGCAGGUGCAGUGCAACGCCCUCGGCCAGUGCUGGUGCGUCGACGACUUCGGCACGCAGAUCCCCGGAACGAAGGCAUCAUCCCGCGAGCUCGUGGUGUGCGAUCGCGUUCGAGAGGCUUUGACCUGCGGCGAGAUGCUGUGUCGUCUUGGCUGCGACUACGGCUUCGUCUUGGAUAAGGACACGGCUUGCCCACUCUGCCAGUGUCGCGAUCCGUGCCAGGACGUGGAGUGCAGCGGCAGCCACGUGUGCCAGAUGGUGGACAUCCCCUGCGUGGACGGCGUGUGCCCCGCCAUACCCCAGUGCGUGCCCGUGGUGGAGGCGUCGGCCGCCCCCGCGUGCCCCAUGGGAGAGCCCUACACCCUGCCGGAGACCAACGCCACCCUGGCCUGCAGCCCCCGUGCCCGAGCCCUCGAGUGCCCCCAGGGGUACUCCUGCUUCGCCGACGACAGCACCGUAGAAGGCGUCUGCUGCCCCAGCCCUGGCAAGAAGCAGAAGGCCGGCCAGUGCCCCUUCCUGGUGCCAGUGCUGAGCGGACACUGCGACCUGGAGUGCUCGGACGACUCCCACUGCCGCGGCGACGAGAAGUGCUGCUCCAACGGCUGCGGAACUCAGUGCCAGCAGCCGAUUGUCAUGACGGCCUGCGAGCACCAACGGAACCUCCUCGAGCACCGCGCCAGAGAAGCAGGGAUCCCAGCGGGCCGCGUGUACCUUCCGCAGUGUGACGACGAGGGCGCCUUCCUGCCCACCCAGUGCCACCCAGCGACCCUGACCUGCUGGUGCGUCGACACCCAGGGCCAGGAGGUGCCAGGGACCCGCGUCAGCCAGCCCGCCCAUCCCAACUGCCAGGAGCCGCUGGUGUGCCCCGCCAUGAACUGCGACCUCGCCUGCCUCCACGGGUACCGCCUCGACGGCUCCGGAUGCCCCGUCUGCGCCUGCCGUGACCCCUGCGAGGAGGUCAGCUGCGCCACGCCCCUCGAGGAGUGCCGCAUCGUCCACGUGGCUUGCGUCGACGAGCCGUGCCCGCCCCUGCCCGUGUGCCUGCCCCGCCUGGAGAACCCCUGUCCUUAUGGUAAGUGCGGGCUCGCCUUGAGAACCAACGAGAGCGUGGUGGAGUGCGGGCCGGAGGGAAGCACCUGCCCCUCGAGCCACAAGUGUCACCUCUCCCCCUUGGGCGAGUACGCUCUCUGCUGCCCUAAGCCACAUCUGCUACGAAGGACGCCGGCUACUGCGAGGGCGCAUCAAGAGGUGUACUUCAACCCCGAGAGCAACAGGUGCGAGACCUUCCGCUUCGGAGGCUGCAGCGGGAACCUCAACAACUUCGAGAGCCAGGGGGAGUGCGCGGCCACGUGCCCGGUCCUCACCUCGUGCGAAAGGAUGAGGGAGAAGAACCUGAGGAAUGCGGAUAAGAAUAAGAAGCUGAAGUUUAUCCCGAAGUGCUCCAAAGAGACGGGGGCGUGGCUUCCCGAGCAGUGCCUGGAGGAGCUGGGCGUGUGCUGGUGCGUGACCCCCCAGGGCGACCAGGUGCCAGGCUCCCUCACCCGCGGUGCCCCCCAGUGCCAGGGCGCCGCCAGGGCCUCCCGCAGGAUGAACUUUGACCCCACCACGCCCACCAAUAUGAUCUGCGAGCCCGGCCAGACCGUGCACGUGUGCGACAAGCAGCUGUGCGAGAACCAGGUGUGUUUCUCGCACCCUCACGCCGUCUGCCGCGUCAACCCCUGCGGCGGGUGUUCCGUGCAGUUCGUGGACGCCUUCAACUCCCCCGUGAACUGCGAGACGGGCCUGACGGAGUGCCAGAGGGAGCUGCAGAGGGUCCUUAACUCGCCCAUCUUCACCAGGCCCGCGCUGGCCUUCGCCGGUCGCAGGUUCCCCUCCUCCGACGCCGAGGACACCGACAACCGCGUGCACUACGACGUGGACCUGUACCGCAACGUGGACGUGUUCCACUUCCCGAUCGACCAGGCCGUCCCCGUCGACCCCGCCUCCAGCGCGGCGCCCUCCGAGGACACGCCCCUCCCGGCGGGCCGCCGCGGAGGCCGCCACAUGAACUUCGAGGAGAGCGACCUCGGCAGGAGCCUCACCGUGUCCGGAGACGUCGUGGCCGAGGCGCAGGAGCAUCUGAGGAAGGCCAGGGCGCUGCCGCAGGAGACCGUGCCCGAGUCGCCCCUUGAGGAAUCGAGUCUCGUCGACCCCGAGGACCUGGAGAUGCACCUGGCCGGCCCCGCCCUCGAGGGGAGCAACUCCUUCGGUCUCGAGGACGACUUCCCUCCCCCGCGCCUCACCCUCGACGACACCUUCGAGGCCGUCCCUACUGAAGACCUGGUACCCAAGCCCGGCACGUGCCCCAGCCCCCCCAGCGACGUGUCCCUGCUGACGUGCGUGCCCAGCCAGCAGUGCACGUUCGAUACCCACUGCGAAGGAUCCCGAAAGUGCUGCUUCAAUGGCUGCGGGGCCGAGUGCGUCGAGCCGCAAGAGACGCCCGCCUCCGCCCAGGGCAUGACGGUCCAGGCGCCCGUGUGCGAGGCCGACGGAGGGUACGCCCGCGAGCAGCGUUCGGGCGGCCUGACCUGGUGCGUGGAUGCCAAGGGGCGCCCCAUCCACGAGACGCUCACCCGAGGACACGUGCGCUGCGGACCCAACGGCCAGAUCCUGGAGCAGGUGUCCGUCGGGUUCGUGUGUCCGCGCGGCGCGAGGGCGAGGGUGUGCCGGAGCGAGUGCCUGCGGGCGUCCUGCCACUCGCACCCCGACGCCGUCUGCGUGGCCGACCCCUGCAACGACUGCCGCGUGUCCUUCUACAGCGCCAGCGGCGAGAAGGUGCACUGCGAGGGGCGCUGCUCCCAGCCCCUGGCCAAGGGCAUGUGCCGCGCCUCCUUCAAGCGCUUCUUCUACAACGCCUCGGCCGACCAGUGCCAGGAGUUCAUCUUCGGCGGCUGCCUCGGCAACGACAACAACUUCGUCAGCAUGGAGGAGUGCCAGCAGGAGUGCCAGAACACCGACAUCUGCAGCCAGCCGGUGCAGGCGGGCGUGUGCACGGGCGGCGAGGCGCGCUGGUACUACAACGUGGAGACGCGCAAGUGCGAGCCCUUCCUGUACAGCGGCUGCGGAGGGAACGGGAACAACUUCCGCUCCAAGAACGAGUGCGAGUCGCGCUGCCCGGACCUGGUGCUGUGCCCCUACUGGUCGGCGGCGAGCAUGGAGCCCCAGGAGUGCUCCCGCGCCGAGGCCUGCCGUAAUAAGACGUGCCCCGGCCACCCACUCGCCUUGUGCCAGGUCGACCCUUGCUCCUGCACCGCCUCCUUCGUGGACGAGUCCGGCCGCCCACUCACCUGCCUGCCGCCCACUUCGCCGCCCAAGACUCGUCUCGCUUUCACUUUCGAGGAGGACUCGAGCAGCAGCGACGCCCAGAUGAGCGCCGACGCAGAGGACAGCGCUGUCUUCGACGUCUCCGGAGCCCAAGGUCCCUCCUCCUCCUCCUCCUCGUCUUCCUCCUCGAAGUUCGAGCGCCACGACGGUAAGAGCGAGAGCUCCUCGGGGGUCAAGGGCGGCCCCGUGACCAUCUACCUGGAGGGCGAGCCGACCUUGACCCGCUGCCAGCUGCUGCAGAGGCACCUGCAGGAGAGCAACUCGCAGAAGUACGUAGCGCAGUGCGACGACGAAGGCAGAUUCAUCCCGACGCAGUGCUACACCAGCGGCCGCCGCCACCUCCAGGAGGAGCACGAGUACCAGGAGCAGGACCUCGAGCAGGACGACGCCCCCAAGUGCUGGUGCGUCGACGAGACCGGACGCAAGACGCAGCCCACCGUCUACUUCACCAAGGGCGAGAGGGAGUGCGACCUCGUCGCCGUGGAAUCUGUGGUGGUAACACUCGGGUUCAGAGGACGCGAGGCCGGCAUGAAGCACCUCGGCAAGGCCAAGGGGCCUCAGAUUCGAGAGCAGGUGAACCACCUCCUGAAGGCGAUGACCGCAGAGACCCUGGAGAACGAGGUCGGCGUCGUUGACCUCCCUGAUCUUACUCAGGUCAAGUUUACGCUGCUCGGGGAAAACAAGAUCGACAUCGCUUACCAGUUGGAGGAGAAGGUGAAGAACGGCGACCUGGCCCUGCAGCUGGAUGAGAAGCGCUUGCCUGCCGACCUGCGUGCCUCCUGGUUCCACCACCAGGUCUCAGAGCACCGCUGGGAGGCGCCCUUGGAGGUGCGGUCGGGUGCGAGAGAGGUCGUGAGCGAGGCCAUGGCACUGGAGCCGCCAUACCUCGCCGCCACAGUUAUCUUCACCGUCAUCUCGGCCAUGCUGGUGUGCGGCCUCGUGGUGGCGGUGGUGUUGUACCGCAGACACAAGACGGGACAGUACCCCAAGGGACCCCGCGGCUCCAUGCAGUCCCUGGCCUUCAGCGACUCGUCCCUCGACCGCCGCAGCACCUCGUCCAGGCUCUCGGACCAGUUCCAGCCGCCGCCCCCUCCCCGGCGACACCCCACCAUCACCACGGUGGAAAACGAGUACCGAAAUGGCCGACACUAAACGAUAAACAAGGGGGAGAAGAAAGGCAAGAAGGAAGGAAGGAAAUGUGAAUUGUAUUUGGGUAAUGAAGGAUGAAAGAGGAAUAGAG